AUGUAUUCAAGUUAAGCAAGCAAUAGUAGAUAUUAGGAGCUGACAUUAGUAAAAUUGAGUAAAAACAGCAUAGAUUUCCCAUACAUUCCUGAUAAAUAUUUACAUUUCAUAUUAACAAUUACUAAUGAGAGCAAUUUUCAUGUAGCAUAUAAGUUUAAAUCUACUUAGCCUUAGAAGUAUCUAGUUAAGACCGAUUAAAAUAUUAUAGAACCUCACAAAGAAGCCAGAAUUAACUUUACUAUGCAUCCAGAUCUGAUUAAGGAUAAAUUACAGACUUUUAAAGAUAAUUUCUAGUUGGUUGUUUCAAAGCUUUCAAAUAAUAAAGAAAGCUUGGAAAAUAUCUUUAAAAACAAUAAAAGUGUAAUUGAAUCCUAAGUUACCAAACUGCCAGUUAGGAUUAUAAGUCCUAAUGGAGAAGUAAUUAAUAAUCAGAAUAAAAUGACAGCAUCAACAAAUGUGUACCAGUCACCAAUAAAAAACGGAGGAUUUGAAGCAGCAGGACAAAACCAGAGACAAAACUUGAUUCCAGUAGACCUUAAAGGCCAAUAAGACCCUAAUUUAAAGUAUCAGAAUAUUAAUAACAGCACUGCUUUCUUAAGUUAAAAAUUGCAGGAAAAGGAAGAUUAACUUCAUAAUAUAUAAAGAGAAGCGGAGAGGUACAAUUAAAGUAUAUAAACGAUGACAGCAAAUAACAACAGAGCCACACCUAAUGGACACACAUAAGGAGGGACCAGUAAGGGAGGAAUGUCAAAAGUUAUCAAAGCAGUAGCAAUAGGAGUAUUUAUGGGAAUAGCCUUUACAUUCAUAUAAAAUAUGUACGCUAGCCGUAUUGAUGCAAUUAACCCUUUAAAUCUUUGA